AUGCAGUCUCUCAACCAUCCAUCCGCACCGUCACCAGCCUUGACUCUUGUCUGUUGUCCCAUUUACCACUUCUUUUUCACCUUCGUCCCUGUCAGACGCGAAAUCCAUGGAAUGACUGGAACUCAGCCCAACGCGAAAUCUGCAGACGACGUCACCGGUGCUUCCCCCAACACCAAUCCCGCCCGUUCGGACCAGGGUUGGGGGAAUACAAGAAGAAGGAAAAAAAGCGUCCAAACCCCGGAUCCCGAGAGAAAAGCAGCAUCAAAAGACGACGACGGGUUCCAUUUCGAUAUCCCGCCUUCCAACACGUGUGGAAACACAAGCAGUAGGUAUUACCCGCUCUAUUGCCAAGAAGCCACACCCCGGCUCGAGCCGCUUGCGAAUGAAAUGGAUGGGAAGCCUGAAAAGCUGCAAAAGAAGGGUUGA